AUGGCAGCAGGUAAUACAAGCUUCGAUAUCAGACUCAUUUACCAAUUCGAGGAACCGGUUUUGUCAAAAACACAUGCAAUGAUCGCCAUCAAUUCCAAGUUCACCAACUCCGAUCAGUACUUUGAAGCCAAAACACUCGAUGACAUUAAAUCAACUACACAUCAUCUCAGAAAACAUUAUCCCAAAUAUCUUGUUGUUCCCGUCAUGAUUACCAAUUUUGCUAUUUCACAUUCUCUUUUGGAAAAAUAUGGAAAAGACAUUAUCAUCUAUCACUCUGGAAACAUUCAUCACUUCUUUCCUAGUCUUUGGAAUCGUAUCAAGUUGGAUGGUCAGGUUUCAAACCCAGUAACUGGAUUAGGAAUAAAGAUGGAUACAUUUAUUAGUAAAUCACAUGCCAUGAUUUAA